AUGUCAUCCAACUAUCCACCACCGCCCUCCAACAACACCACCGACGCCCAGGUCCCCACCAACGACACGUCCGCACCAUCACAACCUGUUGCCCACAACGACUCCGACGACCUCGCGACCCAGCCUCAACCACAUCCCCAAUAUGCCGCCGAUGCUGCUGCCUCUGCUGUUGCCCAUCACAGCUUACAGGCCCUUCAAGAUUCCGUCGCAGGGCCCCCACCGCCAACCACCCCCUUAGCCCUCGCACAACCCGCAUCUUCGCCAGCCUCACAUUAUGUACCGCAUCCUGAUGGCUUGCCAUACCAUCCACCGGCCGGGCUCCCAUCAGGUCAGCCACCAGUAUCCCAGGGCGGUUCUGCAAACCCUCCAGGUGCCGCCUCGAAAGCUACCCGCUUGCGCCGAGCCUGUGACAUGUGUAGUCAGCGCAAGGUUAAGUGCGAUGAGACGCAGCCAUGCCGCCCAUGUCGCGACCUUGGUGUCGACUGCACCUUCAACCGCACCAUGAAACGCCGAGGGCCACCAAACAAACACGCCGAAGCUGCCAAAGCCGCAAAGCAGCCCCGCCUCGAGCCGAAUCUGAGCCCAGGACCGCACAAUGCCGCCGAGACUCUGAUAUCCAUUGCUGGGCUACAUGGUGCGCAGCCUGUGUGGUCCGCUGAGCUCAUAGCCCCAUUCGAGGUGCUGGUCCCUCUUGUGGACGAUUUCUUCAGGUAUAUACACCCGCUAGCGCCUUUCCCCCACGAGCCCACGUUUCGAAACUCUUUCAUGAGACGCGAAGACAGGACAAGCCGAGAGUUCCUCGCCCUGCUGGCCAGCAUGAUUGGGUGUCUAGUGGCCUCGUUCCCACGUGCUGCUCGGCUGCAUCUCAAACACCAUCCUAACGGGCUGGCCAUGUUUCCCAAAGCCAUCAACUUCAUCGAAAGAUGUCGUGUUGUCGCAACCGAAGCUCGUGGUUCGGCCUUUCCUUACAAGGAUGAUAUCACCGUCUACGAUGCUGCGACUAGCUAUUUUCUCGGUCUGGCAGCGGGGUACACCAUGCAAUGGAAAGUCUGCCGGCGGUUCAUGAGCCAAACCAUGGACUUUAUCCGCGAGAUGGGUUAUCACAAGCCGCGAGAAACGGGGUCGCACAUGUUUGGGGUUACCUAUCGAGGGCCAUCGUUCAACCACGUUGAAGACCAGCUGGGCAAGCGCAUCUUUUGGUGCAUGUUUGUCGGUGUCAGAUCCAUGGUACAGAUCGGCGCGCCUCAUAGUGAAAUCAUCUUUCCACCACCUACCCCGGCCGAACCAUAUCCCGAGUUCCCUGCCGAGGUCGACGAUCAAUACAUUCUUCCACAUCAAAUCCUUGUACAACCGGAAGGCGUCGUGUCCCUAAUGACGGGCUUCAUCCAGGGCAUCAAAAUCUACAUGACCAUGAACGGUCUGGUCAGCAUUGAACUGUCUUACGGGAUAUCCUCGCUGGGCUUUCAUGAUCAAAGAUCGAUGCUGGAUGACUGUCUGGGGGCUGUCAAGCAGGUCAUGGAUCACUUACCGCCAGAGCUGACCAUCAAUCUUGGCCAACAUACGAACGACGGGAGCAGCCUAUCCGGCAUGGAUUUGCCGAAUGCUACAAACUACUACGACACAGGAAAUACUUAUGUCUACCUACCACCCGACUAUCUUCCCGUCCAGACACAGGCGAGUUCGCAAGAUGCCGAGACGAGGCGUUUGCAGUACGAGAUCCAGAAAGCGAAUAUAUAUGCCUCUCAGCUGGCGACGCGUUCCUACUAUGUUGAGCGUUACCUCAACCUCCGCGACAAUCACCGCGAACAAGCACGAGUCCAAGCUGCCCAAGCCGCACAGGCACAGGCAUAUGCUACCGAGAACGCUGUCAAUGGUAACGGAACUGAUGGCGCUCUGGGGUCAGAUGCGGUCUCUAAGUCGGUCGCCGCCGCCGCCCUCCACGCAGCUGCUCAGCAGCAGGAUCCCAUUGAUGCACAGAUGUUUGAUGAGCGGGAGCUAAUCGUGCAGAACCUGCUGACGGUCCUCACUUCCAUCACGCAACGUAACAUGGAGCCCAACGGAAGCAGUCUCAUCAACAAGAUUCGCCAAGUCGCAUCAACUCUGCUGAACUGCGCCCCGGAUCGGAAGGGUCCUGUUGCGCAAAAGGCUGAGGAGCCACUAAGCAAGUUUGUGGAUAUCUUGAUGAGAUUGGAGAGGGCUGCGCCGACAAUCAACCCGCAACACGCACAUAAUCUGCAUUUUGAUCACUUUGGCCAACUGAGUGGGAUGUUACCGCCUCCUUUGUUGGAAGAUGAAGAGCAGGAGUUGAGGAAUUGGGCUGAUUUGAAGGAGCAACAGAUACGAUUCCUCCAGGGUGGCGGAUUUGUGAGCAUGAUUUGA